UAAUGUCCCUCAAUGCACAGACGUGACAUUGGUAUCCAAUCGCAAGCAAGCGGGUUCCAGUCCUCUGCGCUCUACGAUGUCCCGCUAGUUGCCCCCACGCCUCCAUAAAACAUCGCCACAGCUGUCUACGACAACAAAUCGGCGAUGGAGGGCAGAAAGAUACUUAUCCCUGUGGACGGAAGCGAGCACAGCGAACGAGCGUUUGACUGGUACGCCGAAUUACUGCACAGUCCCGGUGACGAGGUGCUUGUCGUCCAUUGCAUCGAACUGCCGCCUGUACCUCUGGAGCAUCAAUUUCCAUACGGUUAUAAUUACUUGGCGGAGUGGCAGAGAGAGGCCGACAAGAUAUCCACAGACGGCAAAGUGCUACUAAACCACUUCGCCUUUAAAUGCAAGCAGCACCACGAUCUUAACAACCAUCCCAUGCCGAUAAGGUAUCGUCUUCUACAGCCGGACGAAAAAUCACCCUCACACUCGAUCUGCGACGUGGCUAAGAGGGAGGAAGUGAGCAUGAUCGUCCUUGGAGCUCGUGGUGUGGGCAAGAUUCGACGCACAGUUCUUGGGAGCGUUAGUGACUAUGUCGUGCACCACGCCCAUGUACCCGUAGCCGUAGUUCCCUCGGAAAAAUCUCAUUUCCACUUCCAUCAUAGCUAACGACACAAUAGCAUGUGGAGAACUGAAUGAGCAUGAAAUGAUUGAUAAAAGUGGAAUGGAUUAUCUCAUCCAUAUUUUGCAUUUUUUUAUCUGUGGAAUUGAAGAUAUUUGCCAUAGGAUGAUCAUCGCAGAACUUUUUAUCAACAUUGAACACAUUAUACAGUAUUAGUGCACGUGUUCCAUGCGUGUUCUAUUAAUGGAAACUGACAUAUACGUGUACAAGCGUUUUAAAAACCGAUUUUACCACAUUUUUAAACAAUCUCUUUAAAAAGCAAAUACAAAUAUACCGAAGUACAACCAAAUAACAAUAUAUUUGGCUGAAAGGCUGAUAUAAGCUAAAAAAAAUACCAGUAGGGGCGUGGCUGUGCCCCAAAUAUUUUCUUAAUGUUUCUGUGUCGUGCCCCCAAUAUUUCGAGGCCUACUUCAGCUAUGCGUGUAAACAUAAUCACAAUUCCCUCGACUUCUUCAAUUUUAUUUCGCUAUUAUGCUUGUUUUAUCUUAAUGACUGUACUAUAUUUUGUAAUCUAUUUUAAAAUAGUCUUCAUGCGUGAAACUUGGACUGACAUGACUCAAGUUUUCUUGUAGUUUCAAAAUAAAGCUCUAAAUGAA